AGCUUUGUUUCACAUUUGCAAAGCCCUGAUCCCAGCAGGUCUAUAAAGAGGUCUGGUACAGUCCGGUAUCUGGUCUGGUCAGAACUUUACACAGUUACAAUGGGCAAGAUUAUCUUCUACGAAGACAAGAAUUUCCAAGGCCGUCACUAUGAGUGCAGUAGUGACUGUCCUGAGAUGCAAAACCACUUCAGUCGCUGUAACUCGAUAAGAGUGGAGAGUGGCUGCUUUGUGGCAUACGAGAAGCCCAAUUAUGGUGGCUACCAGUACAUGCUGCACAAGGGCGAGUAUCCUGACUACCAACGCUGGGCAGGCUUCAAUGACUGUAUCCGCUCCUGUCGUAUGGUGCCUCCUUACAAUGGGAACUACAGGAUGAAGAUCUUUGAGCGAUCUGACUUUGGUGGCCAGAAUCUGGAGCUAAUGGAAGACUGCCCAGAUCUGAAUGAGCGUUUCCACACCCGUGACAUCUCCUCUGUCAAUGUCAUGGAGGGCUACUGGAUGCUGCAUGAACACCCAAAUUACAGGGGACGCCAGUAUUUCUUGCGCCCUGGAGAGUACAGGAGGCACAGUGAGUGGGGAAGCAACAAUCCCACCAUCGGAUCUCUGAGACGCGUCACUGAAGUCAACUGAUUGUGGCCUUUCUUUUUUUGUUAAACCCUUAUUGAGCCCCAAUGUUAAGCUUUCCACCCUCCUGCACUGUUCCAGAGUUGUCUCAACAGUGUAAUGUCCAAACCUGCUAUCGACAUUUUAAUGAUGGGAGUUUUGGUGUGUGUCCUGUUGGGUUCUGGUAUUGUUGGGUUGCUUUGCACAGUUGGAUAGAGUUCCAACUUUGUGCACAAGCAAUGCUCACAGUAUAUAGUGAUGAUCAUUUUUGCUUUGGUCGUCCCAUAGCAAAAUGGUUUGCCCUGCCAGUCCCCAAACUCAUGUCCUACUGGAAUCACAAUAAAAGAAAACUUGAUGAAAGUCAA